AUGAUUGUGUUUCAACUGUUAAAAAAAGUAUCUCUCAUAGAGCAGGUCGGACACAAGACAGUCAAGUACAUAGAACACAAAAUACUUAUUGAAAAACCAGUUCAGUUUAAAACAAGAUAUGAACACCAUAAAGUCAUCGAAGAUAAAAUGAUUCUCCAAUUGAUAGACCAAAAGUUCAAAGCAAAUGUAGAUAUGCUAAUAUUUGAAAAAAAGUCUAGCUGGACAAAAAAGUUUAUAUUUCAACCAGGCAUGACUAUAGUAUUAAAGAAGAUCAAAGAUGCUUUAAUCUUGUUUAACGGUGUUCAUCUACAUUAUACUGCUCAAGAUAAAAGUUCCGCAAGCGAAUGA